AUGAUCAGACCUACGGCGACAACCAUCAGAUCCCUUCUACUGCUGUGCUGCUCGCUGUCUCACAGCCUCAUCCAGCUCAACACCGGGACUGGAAGGCUACAUGAUGACCAACAGGAGCCAACUUCUUUGCGGUUCAAGAACCUGUCAUCUGUUCCUGAGGGGCUGGACGUGAGGCUGAGGGAUCUGGAUCUAUCCAACAACUUUAUCAGACAUAUAAACAGCCAGGGUCUGGGUCUUCCAUCCCUACUGAGGCUGACCCUCAGCUACAACCAGCUGGAGAUCAUAUCUGAAGGGGCUUUCAGAGAUGUGGCCCAGCUUCAAGAGCUGAACUUGGCCAGGAACGCAUUGAGCCACAAUGUGGACAGUAACAGCCGAGCUCUCGGGUCUCUCCACAGACUGAGGAGUUUGGAUAUCUCCAUGAACGGUCUGGAUGAUAAAGCGGUGGAACUCUACCUUCAUAACAAAUCAGUUCUAGAACAUCUGGAUCUCACGGGCAACGGUUUGACGCGACUCACGGCCAAGCUGUUUGCAGAGAGCCUGAGCAUGAGAAGCAUUCGCAUUGAGAACAAUCUGAUCACGGCGAUAGAGGAGGGAACGUUCGAAACGUUGAAGAAACUCAAGACCUUAAACUUAGCCAGAAAUAAUCUAGUCUACAUCUGUGAUUUUAAACUCCAUCAGGUGAAACUCUUGAAUCUUAGCAGGAAUUCCAUAGAGUUCUUUGUGACCCGUGAGGACGGUCACCCAUACGAGCUGGAGAUCUUAGACCUGAGCUACAACAACCUCCUCUAUUUCCCUAUGGUCCCCAAGACCAACCAGUUGAGAUACCUCCACUUACAGAGCAACAUGGUGGGGGCCUUAGAGACAGACACCCUGCUAUCAGAGGCAGACUCUCUGUACAGAGAACUAACGAGUGAUGAUAAGGUUAAGGAUGCUGUAGAAAACAACAACGUAUACUCCAACUGGAGACUGAUGCCGUUAGUGUACAUGGACCUCAGUAGUAACCACUUCAGGUCUUUACCUUUGGAGACUCUGAGCCAUCUGACGUCUUUGGUGACGCUGAACCUCAGCAAGAACUGUCUCCAGGACAUCAGCUAUAACACCGCGAAGGGCUGCAGCGGUCAUGUUGGUUGCUACCGCCAACCUCCCUUGACUCUUCCUUCCCUACGCUACUUCGACCUGCAGAACAACGGUCUUCGACAACUCUCCACCUUGUUCCUGGAAGCCCUGCCGAACAUAGAGACAUUAAACCUGAAGGAGAACUCUGUGAGGCCUUGUGAUCCAAAGGACCAACUGGGACCAUCUGAGACAAUGAGAGAGAAUAGUCCAACUAAUAUGUCCUCCUGUGUUUCCUUCCGGAACAUCAAGACUCUGAGACAUCUAGAUCUCCAAGACAACGGGAUCAAAACACUCCAUCAGAACACAUUUGAAAGAACCCCUUUGGUUUCUCUCAACCUGGCCAGUAAUGUAGAUGUGAUCUUGAAUAGUGGCGCACUAGAAGGGUUGCAAAGUAGUCUCCAGUCUCUGAGUAUCAGCGGUAAUAACAUGACAACCUCUGCCUUGUCUCUGCCUUGUCUGAAAGCAUUGAGACGACUCAACAUGUCCGACAACAACGUAGACGUCCUGCCGAGCACCAUCAGCUGUUCUCCUUUGACAGAACUUGACGUGAGAAAUAACGGUCUAACGUCCAUGAAUGAAUCUUUGGUUGAUCGCUUGUCUCUUUAUCUUCAUGUGUUGUAUGUCAGUGGCAACUCAUUCAACUGCUGUGACACCAAAUGGCUCGAAGCCAUAAACAAAGAGAAGGUGAAGAUUCCGGACCUAGACCACGCUGUGUGCCUCCAUGUCAACGGUACUCUGUUGACUGGCUUUCUGCGUAACCAUUCACUGCACUGUUCAUUGGAACUUAGCCCAAAAAUAACAGAACUGAACCUCGGGCAAAUAACAAUAAUAAUGUUGUUUGUGUCAACAGUAUUGAUAACAUUAGUUGUAUUUGUGAAGAAGGUUUGUUGCAACACAGGGUCAUUCAUUGUGUAAUGAUUAUGCAUGUAAAACCAAAAGCUGUGUUCAAAUACUAACAUACUGUAUACGACAUACUUAAUGAGUAUAUACUACAGUACCGGUCAAAGGUUUGGACAC